AUGUCCUUGCCAACGCGGAUUGUCCCGGUAGUCUGUGCGCUCCUAUAUCGUCUCAAACAAGCCGACGAGGAGGCGCACUCCGUUACAGCAUCAAACAGUGCCUACGAUUUGCUGGUGUCAUUGAGGCACGAGGACGCUGCCAACUUUGCCAAUCUUUGGGAAUUCCCGGGCGGCAAAGUGGAAGAAGGCGAAACACACGCACAAGCUUUGACGAGAGAGUGUCACGAAGAGCUGGAUGUUCACAUCGAGGUCACGGACAACAAGUGCGUGCACACUAUACACUUUGAGAAGUCUGAGGAGGGAGUCAGGACGCAAUACAGCGUCUUUUUCUACUGGGCACGGAUGAAGUUUGAUGGUCAGGUUGCAAAAGCUUUGGCCAGUCAGAAGGUGGUGUGGGUCCACUACGAUGAUCUCAAGACUCGGCCUUUCUGCCCUGGAGACGAAACAUUGAUCGAGGAGCUUGCAAAAGGUUCCAUAGCGCCACCCGCAUGA